GCAGACAAGGCUGUGACGCGGCCGCCGGCCCCGGGGCUGGGUAGUUUGUCGCGCGGCCGCUUCCCCCCCGGCUGGGCCCCCGCCAUCCAGCGUUCCACCGAGCGCCAGGCCCCCGGGGGGAGGGUGGAAGGGAGAGAGCAGGGCCGGUGGGCGCCAGCGGCGCACGGCGGGACCCACGGAGCCCCGCGACCCGCCGAGCCUGGAGCCGGGCCCGGCUGGGGAAGCCGGCUCCAGCCCGGAGCAAACUUCGUCGCCGGGCGGGGGGUGGCGGGGACCCCGUCCGGAGCCGGAGGAGGGGGCGGCCGGGGGCCCUCCCACCUCUGCUCCCGCGUCUCCGGGCACCAUGCUGUCCAACUCCCAGGGCCAGACCCCGCCGGUGCUAUUCCCCACCCCGCCGCCGCCGCCGCAGCCCCCGGCCCCGUCCCAGCCGCCGCCGCAGCCCCCGCAGCAGUUCCCCCAGUUCCAUGUCAAGUCAAGCCUACAGAUCAAGAAGAACGCCAUCAUCGACGACUACAAGGUCACCACCCAGGUCCUGGGGCUGGGCAUCAACGGGAAAGUUUUGCAGAUCUUCAACAAGAGGACCCAGGAAAAAUUCGCCCUAAAAAUGCUUCAGGACUGCCCCAAGGCCCGGCGCGAGGUGGAGCUGCACUGGCGGGCCUCCCAGUGCCCACACAUCGUGCGGAUCGUGGACGUCUAUGAGAACCUGUAUGCGGGGCGGAAGUGCCUGCUCAUCGUGAUGGAAUGUUUGGAUGGUGGAGAACUCUUCAGCCGAAUCCAGGACCGAGGAGACCAGGCGUUCACAGAAAGAGAAGCAUCGGAAAUCAUGAAGAGCAUUGGUGAGGCCAUUCAGUAUUUGCACUCAAUCAACAUUGCUCAUCGGGAUGUCAAGCCCGAGAACCUCCUGUACACCUCUAAAAGGCCCAACGCCAUUCUGAAACUCACUGAUUUUGGCUUUGCCAAGGAAACCACCAGCCACAACUCGCUGACCACUCCUUGUUAUACGCCAUACUAUGUGGCUCCAGAAGUGCUGGGCCCAGAGAAGUAUGACAAGUCCUGCGAUAUGUGGUCCUUGGGUGUCAUCAUGUACAUCCUGCUGUGUGGGUAUCCGCCCUUCUAUUCCAACCAUGGCCUUGCCAUCUCUCCGGGCAUGAAGAGUCGCAUCCGAAUGGGCCAGUAUGAAUUUCCCAACCCAGAGUGGUCGGAAGUAUCAGAGGAAGUGAAGAUGCUCAUCCGGAACCUGCUGAAAACGGAGCCCACUCAGAGGAUGACCAUCACGGAGUUUAUGAACCACCCCUGGAUCAUGCAAUCAACAAAGGUCCCUCAGACGCCCCUGCACACCAGCCGAGUCCUGAAGGAGGACAAGGAGCGGUGGGAGGAUGUCAAGGAGGAGAUGACCAGUGCCUUGGCCACAAUGCGCGUUGACUACGAGCAGAUCAAGAUAAAAAAGAUCGAAGAUGCCUCCAACCCCCUGCUUCUGAAGAGGCGGAAGAAAGCUCGGGCCCUGGAGGCCGCAGCCCUCGCUCACUGAGCCGCUCGGCCCGUCCUCCCCAGAGGACAAGCAAUAACUCUCGACCUGGAAGUACUUUUUACAUGAAGAGACAGAACUGUUGCAGCCGCCUCCCCUCCUCCUCGGCUGCACGGAGCCUGGAGCCUCACGAGAGGCUGAAUUCUGCCUUCAGUUCUGGCCACCCCAGAGAGGGAGAGGCUCGGAGGGCACGGAGAGAAGGGAGCAAGAUGCUCUUGAACCUGUGCUCACUUUGCAGUUUUAUCAGUAAUUUGACUUAGAAUUUUUAUGAAACUUCUUUUAUUGUUCUUUUCCCUCCCCACUCCUCUCCCCCAAACCCCUUCCUCUCGUUAAAGGGUAUUUGUGGAAACUGUUAUAGAGAGUGUCCCUGUGUGUUGUCCCGCCUGCCCCAGUCCCUGCCACAGCCUGAGCUUCGCCGCUGGCUGAGGCGUCCUGGAGCUGAAGGCCAUGGAGGGCUAGGGCCAGGGUACCGCCCAUGUCCUCUGCUGGAGCCCUGGGACGACAUCACUCACGUGCCAGGCAGAUAGGAGUGUGAUCGAGUGUGUGUGUGAGCCCAUGCAUGUGUGCCUGGGACUGUGUGCUUGUGGGGCCAGGGCAGGCAGGGAGGGGCCCUGCUGGGGUUCCAGAACCUUUCCUGUAUGGGCCGGCCCUGCCUGUGUUGGGCCUGCCACAGUGCCCGGAGCCUGUCUGGACUCCGAGCCGGGCCCUCCAUGCCUGUCUCUGCUGGCCAGUCUGGGAGGUGGAGAGGAGCAACUGGGCACUGGCACGGAAUCAGGAAGACUGGACCGCCCACCCCUAGGACCCCGACUCCCCAUUUAGUGCUGGUCCUAGUCCUCAGGGGUGCUGAUCUGCCGAGUAACCUCUGCUUCCCUUCCUGCCGUUAUUGACCCAUUCUUGUCUGUUUUUCUUACAUUUUUAGCCAUUUCUCAACAGGCCUCUCCUCAGCUCACAUGGGUGAGCCUGGGCACUUUAUGAGUGACACAGAGCUUCUGUAUUUUGCCCUGGGCUUGCCAGCUACCCGUUAUGGGCAAAGGCAACACCAUCCCACACAUUUCCUCCCACACAUUUCCAUUGUGUGGCCUAGUGGGUUUGGGGGGCGGUCUUCACACCAAAGAUGUCCCGACUCUGCCCCUUCCCCAUUAGCCACGUCACCCCCACCCGAAACAACUUGGCUUCGUGUGUCCAGGCCAGUGAGGGGAGGGUGGGGGCCUCCCCCAGUAUUACUGAGGUGCAGCACGGGAGAGGUCCUCAGGGCCGUGGUCCCUUUGGGGUAGGGGUGGGGGGGUCAGUGGUACUGCAGUUUUCAUCUCCCUCAGGGCAGGGUGGUAGAGGGGCACCCAGGGUCUUUUCUGUCGUGGGGGAAGGGCUCUGGGUGCCUGCACUGCCUCCCGUGUCUGGUGGUGUGUCCAGCACCCAGAGUGUUGUAAACUUGUUUUGUAUGAGCGAAAUUGUCUUUACUAAAUGGAUUUAAUAGUUGAAA